GACCGGAGAGCAGCGCGGUCUCGGUCCGUGGGUCCUCCUCCGCCAUCGCCCGGCGCACGGCAGCGAAACCGUCCACCAUGUCGAUGGCUUUGGAAAUCAGCGGUGUGGCCUUGUCCGUUCUGGGUUGGUUGUGCAGCAUCAUCUGCUGCGCGCUGCCCAUGUGGAAGGUGACGGCCUUCAUCGGCAACAACAUUGUGACGGCCCAGAUCAUCUGGGAAGGGCUGUGGAUGAACUGCGUGGUGCAGAGCACGGGGCAGAUGCAGUGCAAGGUGUACGACUCCAUGCUGGCCCUGCCGCAGGACCUGCAAGCCGCCCGCGCCCUCCUGGUGGUGGCCAUCGUCUUGGCCAUCCUGGGAUUACUGGUGGCCAUCGUGGGCGCUCAGUGCACCCGCUGCGUAGAGGAUGAGAGCACCAAAGCCAAGAUCACCAUCGCCUCCGGCGUCAUCUUCAUCCUCUCCGGCAUCAUGACUCUCAUCCCUGCGUCCUGGUCGGCCAAUACCAUCAUUCGGGAUUUCUACAACCCCUUGGUGCUUGACGCGCAGAAGCGGGAGCUGGGCGCCUCGCUCUACGUGGGCUGGGCAGCCUCUGCCCUCCUGCUGCUGGGGGGGUCCCUGCUGUGCUGCUCCUGCCCCCCCAAAGACGACAGGUACACCACCGGCAAGGUGGCCUACUCCGCCCCGCGCUCCGCCGUCACCAGCUACGACAAGAGGAACUAUGUCUGAGACCCCUCAGGACCCCCCUCAAUUCCCCACCCCUCUCCCCGAGACCCUCAUCACCCUCCGGGGGGACAGGAGACAGCGGCACCGGGAGGGGGGGGCGCGAAGGAGGGGACGGCGACGGCCGCAGGGUCAGGGCCGGGCUAUGUAAAUAGAGACGGUUUCGGUUAAACAAGAGGCAGUUUCGGGUCGUCGGGAGAAGCGGCGCCCGGUGUGCCCCUGCCCACACCUACGGGACAUGAUAGGGAUGGGGAAAGGGAUAGGGAUGGGAACGGUGCUCCCCCCCCUCGGUAUCCCUCCCCCCUCACUGCUGCCGUCCGGGCACCGUCUGUCCCUGUUACGUGUUGUUCUGUACCGGUUACAUUUGUCAAUAAACGUGUCCUGUUUUGGUA